AUGCCUGUGCAAUUCGACCUGAGGGAGAACCCCGCCGCGGGAGUCAAGGGCUGCCUGCGUAACUGUGUCCUCUGCCCGUACCCCCACAAGAAGUGCCUGGUAGCGGAGCGGGGCAUGGCGGAGCGGAAGCGCACGUGGCGCUGGAGAAUGUGGCCCCGGGGGGUGGAGAAACAGCGGGAGCCGUGGGGGGACCGGGAAGAGGACGAGAAAGCGGUGGCGGAGCAGGCGUAUCCCGCCAGCUACAACGUGCUGCUCACGCGGCUGGCGACGAUGUUUCUGCUGACCGUUUUCGUCACGGCCGCCACUCUGCUGACGUUCGUCUUCGUGCGGACGUCAUCCGUCGACACGGUCAACAUUCUGGGCUACGGGUUACGCCGGGAGCUGCUUAACCGGGCGGCUGACCAGGUUCUUAACUUGCUGGCCACCCAGAACCAGAGCUCGGGGUCGUUCUCCCGCGCUAUGGACCGCUGGUGGCUAAUGAGCCCGGAAGAUUAUACGACGCUAACCCGGACGGAUAACGAGAUCGUAGGCACGUGGCUCCUCAACUGGGACUCCAUAACCGGGGCGGGCGUAUGCGCUGCCAGCGGCAUAUAUCGGUACGACUACAUAACGACCGAUACGGGGAGCAACACGACGCGUUACCAGGCGAUCUUCAGCAACGCCACGUCACCCCCGCACGUGCCGCCUGUCACGUAUCAGGAGGAGCUCGACGUAAACACGUGGCAGCCGAAGCGGCCGCCAACGAUUUUCCCGACCGUUAACGACUGCCGCGAGAAGCCUUAUUAUCUGAACGCGCAAAAUUCGCCGACAGGUCGCGGCGUGACGCUUUUCAACGCGGUCGCGACGGGGGCCCCAACUCUCAUCGCGUCGCACAAUAUUGGAACCGGGGAAAAGGGGGUGGUUACCAUAACCAUGGAGUUAACCUUCAUCAGUCGGUUCUUAGCGGGGCUGGAUCUGUUGAAAGGAACCAUGUACAUAACCAACGGCGCGACGCUGAUUGCGUCAUCCGACGGCUACGUGGGCUACCAAUCAAACGUCAGCAGCGUCAUCCUCGCGUCGGACUCCAGCAACCCCACGAUCCGCGCGAGCGCGCGCUACCUGGGCGCGCUCGACGCCGCGGCCGCGGUGAACUCGUCGCGUGACGUCAUGAUCGAGGGGGUGACGUACUUCAUGGACACGGAGUUGAUCAUGACCGGCGAGCUUAACUUCACCAUUGUUAUGCUGGUUCCCCGAAGCAGCGUAAUGGGUGCUAUCGACCGGAAGUUUACGCUAACCAUCGCGACGGUUAUCUCCGGAAGCGGGGGGAUCGGGAUCAUCGGGUGUUUCUUGGUUUUGCUGCUAACCAGUCCGGUUAGCGAGGAGAUCAAGUUGAAACGGGAGCUGAUUUUGCAACUGCAAGCGACGCAGAAGGCCGAGGCGCGGAACGAAACCAAGUCGAGGUUCCUGGCGAAUAUGAGUCACGAGCUGCGCAGCCCCAUGGCCAGCAUCAUCGGCCUCCUCGACCUGCUCCUGGACGACGACCUGACGUCACCGCAGCGCGGCAACGUCACGCAGAUCCGCGAAUGCGCGUCGGGCCUGCUGGGGCUGCUGAACGAUCUCCUGGACAUCUCCAAAAUCGAGGCCGGAAAAAUGACUCUGGAGACGACGGAGUUCGACUUGGUGGGUCUGCUGGAGAAUCUGGUCGACAUAAUGAGCGUCCAAAGCGCCAAAAAGGGCGUCGAGCUGGCGCUAGACUUGCCCGACGGGAUCUUCGGGCGCAUCGUCACUGGGGACCCCGCGCGUGUGCGGCAGAUCUUUACCAAUCUGAUCAACAAUGCAAUCAAGUUUACCUCGGAGGGCUAUGUGCUCCUGCGCUGCCGCUCCGAUCCUUCGCGGAUCGGGUGGGCAAUUUUCGAAAUCGAAGACUCUGGAUGCGGCAUUCCGAAGAACCGUGCUUUGUCAGUCUUCGAGUCGUUCGUCCAAGCGGACCAAAGCACGACCCGGCUGUACGGCGGGACCGGGUUAGGGCUAACCAUCGUUAAGUCGCUGGUUGAGCUGAUGGGCGGGACGAUUAAGAUCGAAGAGAAGGACACGCCAGGGGCGCUCUUCCGGGUGCGGCUCUGCCUGCAGGGACAGGACCUGAAAGCGCUCGAGCCCAUUCAGCACACUGUUCCGGCCGCUUCGCCAGGCCCCCCGAGCGGAGUUCCGCUGGUGCUCAACCUGCGGGAGACCUCCUUCCAAGUGCCCGGUAAGUACCGGCGGUCGAGCCGCACCCAGACGCUCAACUACCUGGACCUCGACCGGCCUGAGGUGGCCAAGCUGGGCGAUGACGUCAUCGAGCGCCGCGCGCGCGCGCACCGGAUCGAGCGGCGCAUGAGCCCGCUCGGGGGCGCGCGCGCGGAGCUGCGCGCGGGCGCGCUGACCCUCGAGGCGCUGGCGAUGCUCCGGCGCCUGCAGGGCAAGGCGGCGGAACCGGAAUCCGUUCCGGCAACGGUGCCGUUAACGCUUUCGAGAGCCAGCGCCCCUGGCGCCCACGAGACGCCAACGAGAGUGCGCGCGCUCACGAGGUCUGUGACGACGCCACGUGGCGAGAUGAUGGCCAGCCUGGAGGCCUUCUACCGGAGCAUGAGCGUGACACGUGGCAGCCUUGCGUGGGGGCCCCGGGGUCUCGUUCCGCUUCCGGUUGCGGAACCCCCGAAACCCAGUGCGCCCGCGGUGCGCUCGCGCGUUCUGCUCGCGAUCAAGGGGCGCAUGAACGAACAAAUCGCAGCGCGCUUCUUCCGCGACCGGGGGGCUGCGGUUAUCGCAGUUCAGAGCUGGGGCCAAGCGCUCGCGCAUUUGAGACAUGGGCGGGGACACGUUUCGGGGGGGUCCGAACCGACGGAAUCGAGAAGCAGCAGCGGGCGCAGCGUGGGAGGAGACGACCGCGAGGGGGGGACGAAAAGGAGGCGGGGGACCCCCCCCACGUCGCCACGCGCCCAGUCUCAGCUGGUGCUGGAAAACAGCGGGGAAGCGGCGAGUGAAUCGCCGAAGAAACGCAGCAGCUCGGCCUUCCGGAGGAGCCUCGACAUCUUCAAGCGCUCCAGCACGACUUCCGUCAGCAGCACCGAAUCCGCCAGGAUCUCGGAAGCGGAACCCAGCCCGGCGAAACCGGCCAAGGACGCGGGCGACCGGUUCUUCGAUCUAGUUCUCUUCGACGUCGCGCUGAUGCCCUGCGCGCUUAGUGACGCGGAGAUGGUCGAGCGCUUAUUGGGCGAGGUGCGCUCGCUUAUGGGCGAAAUCGAAGCGGCUGUUGAACGGAAGACCGGAAACCCAAGCAGCGUCGAGGACCCGUUAAGCUGCGAAAGUACGGAGGAAGCCCCCGGUUUAUCUCCCCCGGUUAGCGCUAACGAGGAAAACGGGCCGGUUAAGGUUCCCCAUCUCGUAUGGCUUCUGGGUUCCGAGACGCCCGCGAUCGUGCGCCGCUUGCUGCGCGAUGCGAGCUUCGCUGACGUCAUGCAGAAGCCGGUCUACGUCAGCCGGCUGCAGGCGCUCUGGGGAACAUUUUCCGCUGACGUCAGCGACCCCCCUCGACGGCGAGAGCUCAGAUGCGCCAAGCCCGCCAACAUUGCGCAGCUGUCGAUCUCGAUCCCCGAGGAGGUCCCCCGGGUCGAAACGCCCCCAAGAUCUUUAGACUUCCCCCGGCUACAAAUCUCUGAGUCAUUCUCGCCUAGAGAGUCGCCCCAGGGAACCCCGGUACACUCCAACCCGGUCAUGGUACAGUUCUGCGCAGCCAACUACCGGGUCCUCGUCGCGGAAGAUACGCCCGUGUUGCGUCAGCUCGCGAAGGCCGUGCUGACGAAGAUGUGCGCGAGCGUGACGUCAGUCGAGAACGGGCGGCAGGCGGUGGGCGCGGUGCUGGCGGCGAACUUCGGGGAGUCGGCGGAAGGAGUAGAGGCGGCCGGUGACGUCAGCCGGCCGUUCGAUCUCGUGCUGAUGGACUGCCAGAUGCCCGUCAUGGACGGCUACGCGGCCGUGCGCGCGAUACGGCGCGCGGAGGCCGCCCGCGCGGCCGGGCGGCGGCUGCCCAUUUUCGCCCUCACCGCGCACGCGAUGGCGGAAGAUGAGGCCAAGUGUCUGGAGGCGGGGAUGGACCGGUAUCUGACGAAACCGCUCGAGCGGGUCAAGCUGGCGGAGACGAUGCGCGCGGUGCUCACGGAGCAGUCGUCCGAAAUCUCGCCCGGGUGA